AUGGCGAUUAAUUUUUCUUCCAUCUCAAUUAAACCUACUUGGACAUACCACAACUAUCCUCCAAUAAAUAAGAUGGCACAACCUCAGACUAAUUCUAUUUAUGAUUCAAUUGAUAAAUUAUCGGUAUCACCUAUUCCUGCUGCUGCAUUAGGGGGAUCUCUUGUUCUCAAAGGAUUAUUUGGAACCAAUGCUACCCCAGUAAAUGUCGGUGCCACUGGCGGUACUGGUAGUGCAUUCAAAUUGGGUCGUAAAGUAGCUCUCGCUCGACCAACACGAUUAUCUUGCUUUACAUUUGGAGGAGCAUCACUUUUAGGUGCAUGGAUGAUGUAUGAUGGUGAUCCAGUGAAUGCCAGUGGGUUCAAUUUUGCAUGGCUGGCAUUGUAUCUUAUUGUCAAUGGUAAAGAAUCCAUUCUGGGCAUAUUCAAGGGAAGAAUAACUCCACUUGGACUUGGUGGAUUAGCUUUAUUCAAUACAGGUUUGUAUGGAAGGGAAUUUUUUUGGAGCAAAAAUAGCCCGUUCAAAUAA